AUGGCGACCAUCCGGCCAACAACGGCGGUCGUGGCAGCCGCCGCAGCCUUGCUAGUAGCUACAGCACUGGUGGCGGAGGCGGCCGGGCCGCCACCCGCACCGGGUCCAACACCGGCGGAUUGUACCGGGCAUCUGCUCAACAUAUCGGAUUGCCUGAGCUACGUGGAGGCCGACAGCAAUACCACCCAGCCGGAGAAAGGGUGCUGCGGGGAGCUGGCGGCGCUGGUGGCCACCCGGCCCAUUUGCCUCUGCCAGCUGCUGUCCAAAGCCGGCAGCUUCGGCGUCCAGAUCAGCCUCGCCAAGGCCCUAAAUCUCACCUCUGUUUGCGCCGUCACCGCUCCCCCGCCCGAUGCCUUCUGCUCCGCUGCUGGGUAUGUAAUUGGAGCUACUACGCCGAGCGAAGCACCGGGUAUGUCACCGGAAGGACCGGCGCCGGCGGUAAAUCCGUCAGCGGCCGUGUCGGCGGACACUGAGUCCGUCAGUGGAGUUUCAAGCAUUGCUGUAUUCCAGCCAUGGCGCCUUGUCCUUGUUGGUUUAGCAGUUGCAUUUCUUUGAGAAUUUUCUGAUCGGAAUUCAUGGGGUUCGAUUUCUGUUCCUCCCAGUUUUUCCAUUGAUCCAAUAUGUAAUAGAUUGUUCAUGGAUACCACUCGCCAGUUACAUUAAUAAGAUGCGACAUUCGUCUCA